ACCUCAGUCCCUCCUCGGUUACUUAUUAUCGCCGCCUGCUCUCUCCACAGUCAUUUCACAGCAAAGGCAGGACCGAGGCACACGAAGAUGAAACACGACUGACUCGGACAAACUCAUGGAUACAGUGGAAUAAGUCUGAGUUUGACUUCGACAACAAGAACAAGAACAAGGGUUUUGUUAUGAUGAGAGCGUGAGCUGGUUCACAGCUGUUAAUUUAAGUAUUUUUGAUCUGAGAAAGAGACGAUUUCCAAGAGAGAAUAACAACGUUCACAAACCAACAUGUCAUCCACUGAAGAGCCGUCUGGAACGGUCCUGCACCGGCUCAUCCAGGAGCAGCUCCGCUAUGGAAACCCCACAGACACCCGCACACUGUUAGCCAUCCAGCAGCAGGCCCUGCGAGGAGGCAGCGGAAGUAACAGUGGACCCAGCAGCGGAGGCGACAUGGGCAGAAGUCCACGAUCCUCUUUGGAGAGUCUCACCCAGGAGGACCCUUCAUUCCCUCAACUCUCUGCGAGGCAGGAGCCCCAGGGUCAGGAGCACCAGGGUGACUACCACCACUCAGAGAGUGGUUAUCAGCUCUACCAGCUGCAUGGAGAGGAGCUGCCAACCUAUGAGCAGGCCAAGGCACAUUCUCAGUAUCUGGCCUCUCACUGGGCCCCUACUGGCACAGGCCCCAUCCGGCAGCUCCAUGAGGGGAAGCUCCUGCAUGAGGGGGUCUUCCACGAAGAGGCAGAUGUGAUGGAGCUGAAGUGCAGCCAUGUGCGGUCACUCAGUGAACAUCGCAUGCAGAUAUCUUUGGAGAGGAAUGAUGCAGCUGCCAAAGCAGAGGCCAUCAAAAACACCUCACACAGCUACCCUGAACUGCCCUACUACACCCCACAAAGCCUGCAGAGCAUGGGGCCGAACCCGGACAAGCGCAGCCCACCACCAGAAUACUCAGCACCCAUUCAGGGACAUGGAUUUAUCCCCCACCAGGUCCAGGAGCCAGUGCACAUACAGCAGCACAGGUAUAUUCAGUCUGACCAACCAACUGAAGUCCCUUGCUACAAUGCAUUCAACAGCCUGCCACCUGCUGGCUUGGAAGAACCCAACCAAGUGGAGCUGUUGCUGAUAGAGAAUGAGAGGCUGAGGCAAGAGCUCGAGGUUCACCGGGAAAAGACCGGACGUAUUCAAAAGUUGGAGCAGGAGAUCCAGCGAAUUUCCGAGGCCUACGAGACACUGAUGCAGGGAAGCAGUAAGAGAGAGAACCUGGAGCAGACACUGAGGAGGAAGCUGGUAGCAGAGGUCAGGAGGCUUCAGGACUUCAACAGAGACCUGAGAGAAAACCUGGAAAAUGCCAGAACACAUGUUGCAAAAGAAGUAGAGGCUGCUGACCACAACCAGCACAUCAUGGCUAAACUCCUUGAACAAAAUGAGGAGCAGAACAGUGAACGUGAGCGUGUAGAGCGGGAGCUGCAGCGAUUGAGGAUAACAGCGGAGGAGCAAAGCCUCAGGGCCAAGCGACUCGAGGAGGCCCUGGAGGCAGCUCGCGGACGUGGGCGUCAGCUUGAGGAGGAACUGAGGAGAAAGAGAGCUUACGUAGAGAAGGUGGAGAGGCUUCAGAGUGCCCUGGCUCAGCUACAGUCCACUUGUGAGAAGAGGGAAAGCCUGGAGAUGAAGCUGAGGACUCGACUAGAGCAGGAGCUGAGGAGCUUGAGGGCCCAGCAGAGGCAGUCCCAGCCGCCAGGAGUCACCAUGAGCUCCCUCCAAGAGCGGCUGCAUGAACGGGAAGAGCGUAUCCUGGCCCUUGAGGCUGACAUGGUACGCUGGGAGCAAAAGUACCUGGAGGAGAGCACAAUGAGGCAGUUUGCCAUGGAAGUGGCUGCCACUGCUGCUGCCCAGAGAGACACCACCAUCAUUAACCACUCCCCCUGCCACUCUUCUAACAACAGUUUCAAUGAUGACCUGCCGGUUGCUGACUACAGGAAUCAAGAAAUGGAAAACAGGAUCCGCGCUCUUUAUGCUCAGAUCUUGGAGAAGGAUGCAGUAAUCAAGAUCCUCAACCAGCGCCUGUACCAGGACCAAGGAAGGAAAGAGGAACUAAAUCCUUGUUCAAAGCUCUUAAGUAACGUAGGGGCACCUCUACGACCUGCCUCCUCCACUCCUUCUAUUAGCACCUCCAAGAGCACCACCAAGAGCAGAGGUAAGAGCCUCUCAGAUGAUCAGACUUUGCCAAACCGACAGUUCUCCGCUCAGUCUGAACCCGGAACAUUAGAACGGCAGAUGGCAGGAACCAAAGCCAAAGAGACUGCCAGCAUAACUAAGCUCAACACUGACAAGGCAGUGCCUAGGAAGUUGCUAUUAAACCCGUUCAGAGGCCUGGAUGAGUUGGAGUCAGAGGCAGUGGAAAUCUUCAUUUAGGGAAGUCAGAGGUGGAUGUUGAAUGAGGAAUCUGUGAAGUCUUUGAGUAAAAGAAUGGAAGAAAAUACUGUAUGCAAGAAACAAGAAUGUUGUGGAAAAAGGCCAAAGCAUGAAAAAAGGACUUAAGAUUUUAGAGACAGAGCUGUGCUCUGACUCACUCGCUCUCACUUAGAGCUGGACAGCUGCAGGCAGACUGUCCAGCGGGGGGAGAAAAGAUGAAUCUUCCGAGGUACUUGGACAGUAUUGUGGAUUGUAAUAGGGCAACAUGUUCUCAGAGAGUGUAUGCCAAAAUAUUUAUAUACUACAAAUAUAUAUUAUUGCUGCUUUCCCCUGCUUUGUUACCCCUUUAUCUCCUUUCUAAAUGAAUUCAAAAAGCUACAUAUUUAUCUUAUCUGGUUUCCACGUUCCCCAAGUAUUAACUUGAGCCUCCUGCUCCUUUAGAUAAAUAUCAAAUACUAAGUUAAUCUGUGGAGUCCAGACUUGCAUUCCCCUCCUUUCCCAAAAAUGUGGUGUUAAUCUGAGUAACCUCAUUCCCAUUACAUGGAUCUGUUUUUAGAGAUACCCUGUUUAACAAUUUAAGCUUAUAACACAUAAGACACUGUUAGUGAAAUGCUCUUCCUGUUCAUGUUCUUUAAGCUUCAGUAGCUGGUUCUGCAAAGGCUUAAAAUAUGCAACAGUAAGAUGCUUAAUUAAUAUAUAAAAACUUUCUCUUUUUUUGCCAAACUGAAACGAAGUGUGUAUUUUUGGGAGGGUGUUGCAUCUGGUGUUGAUUUCAUCCUUUUUUUUUUUUCUGAUUUCCUUUUUGUUCUCAAAGUAUGUUGCAUUGUGUGAUUAUGGUAUGUGAGUGUGUUUCCUGAUAGGGGGAUUCUGCUGGUUCGGAUCACCCUGGGGGUAAAAGUUGAAAACAACACCAUAUUGGUUUUUGUUUACUGUGAGCUUUGAACUAACAAACAGGUUAAUUAUUAUUAUUAUUAUUAUUAUUAUUAUUAUUAUUAUUAUUAAAUAUUUUAUACAGAUGUUUGUAUUGUUAUUUUAGAUAUGAUAGUGCUUUGAGCAGGAUGCCAAAGAGUUUAUGUAUGUUUGUUGUAAGUUAUGUGUUGACAAUCACGGUCAUGUCUUGCUGUACACAACCAACCAAGUGAUGACUUCAAAUGACAUUUCUGUGAACAUAUGAAGGUUUUUACAGUUGAACUCAACAUUUCAUAAAGCAAUAAAAUAUUCAAAUACACACUGA